UAAUCUACGUGGAAGAUAACACAAUUAUUCCUGCUCUCCCUUACAUCAUGGUGAUGAAAGCAGCUGUCCUGUUUGGUGCAAUCAUUUACGGCGUACUUGCUGCAAAAUGUGGCCAGAGAAGGGACAGUGAUGGCAGUCCACGUAUCAUUGGGGGAACAGACGCUUUGCCUCACGAGUUUCCUUGGCAAGUGUCUCUAAGCUUUAGGCUUCCUCCUGUGGACAUCCACGCCUGUGGUGCGUCUGUUGUAAAUGAGAACUGGAUCAUCACAGCUGCACAUUGCUGUGCCAACCCCCUGCAUAUUGGAUACGUGGCACUGUUUGGGAAGCAAAACGUGGCACACUUUGAAGAAACACAGGAAGCGAGGUAUUUUGACAAGGUUGUCAUACAUGAAAAAUAUGUAUUGAUCGAAAACGGAGCAGCAGCGGAGUAUGACUAUUGUCUGGUGCGGUUAUCCGAACCUGUGAAUUUCACCGAGUACAUCGGGCCUGUGUGUCUACCAGAACCUGAGGAAGAUUACACCAGCGUGACAUGCACAACAAGCGGUUGGGGUUUGACGGAGAACCGUAUCUGCACAUUGCUGUGCCAAGCCCCCUGCAUAUUGGAUUCGUGGCAAUGGUUUGGGAAGCAAAACGUGGCACACUUUGAAGAAACACAGGAAGCGAGGUAUUUUGACAAGGUUGUCAUACAUGAAAAAUAUGUAUUGAUCGAAAACGGAGCAGCAGCGGAGUAUGACUAUUGUCUGGUGCGGUUAUCCGAACCUGUGAAUUUCACCGAGUACAUCGGGCCUGUGUGUCUACCAGAACCUGAGGAAGAUUACACCACGUGACAUGCACAACAAGCGGUUGGGGUUUGACGAA